AUGAGUGAUAAAGCACUAAAUAUAACAAUACCAAAAUUCCCAGGGUUCAAAGUUUCCCUCCACAAAUUCACAAAUGUUCAAAAUGCUGCAGAAAUCAAAUCUAAUCUUUUGAGUGGUAAUCAAGAUUAUAACUUUGCCUUCAUCAAUUCACAAACAAUUAUUUCAUCUGAACAACUAAUAGCUUCUGUCUAUAGAUCACUAUUGGAUUAUACAGAGGAUAAAAUAAGAACAAGAACAUUACAUUCAGAAGUCAUUUUCAGCUUAUCUCCAACCCAAAAUGUGAGUUAA